CAAUACAAAAGAUCUUUUCACCUAUAUCUUGCAAGCCCAACCGAUGCCUGGGAAUCAAUGAUGCAAUUCAAAUCUGAGAAAAAUUCUGGUUUAUCUGUAAGAAUAAUUAUAAAUUUUGAAGAUCUGGCUCUUCUUAAUGCCUUUUUGGUAAAGCUUGCUUUUUUUGGUGCUAUAAUGACACCAAUUGUUGUUAGACAAUUAUAUCUUGAUAAAACACCUUCGAGUUUACAUAUAAAUUUCGGGCUAGCUCUUAUGUAA